AUGCAAGACAAGAAAGACCACUUCGCGAACAUCGUGUACCGUCUAUCCGACGCCGCAUUUCAUAUGAAUGACCUUGCCACAGGAGACAAGCAGUACUAUGAACAAGGCCGCGAGGCAGAGCUUGCAAGACUCAUCUUCAUCAUCAUCACACCAGACCCGAUCACUGGAGCCGGAAACGGUAUGCUGUUUAGCUCUGGAACGAUAGCCAAGGACGCACUGCUGUUCACCCUGGAGGCUAUCGCGCGAUCUUCGGAUGCCUUUCCGCCGCUCAAGAGUGCAGCUAGUGGGCUACUCUUCUUUGCCACUCGAGCUGAUAUGGCCUCUACCAACAAGAAGCAGAUUCGCGACAUUCAUAAGCGCGUGAUCGGCCUUGCUGCAUCUCUCAAACGUGGUGCGUCACAGGGAAGUCUACUUGUACCCGAGCAUCAAGACGCUAUCAGUGCACUUGCCGAUGACAUCGCCGUGCUGAACAACGACCUCGAAGACAUCGUUAACCAACGCAAGGGCCGCCUGCGCCGCUUCUUUGCGGCCAAGAGACAUAAAAGCGAGUUGCAGGACAUCACGACGCAGCUCGAGACUGCGAGGAUGAACUACAUGAUGGCGAUGGCAACGUUGAACGCGACGACCAUCGCGGAUGUGAGGGCUCACGUGUGCGCGUAUACAUUGGUGGUGGGCACUACACCGGUGUUUGCGCCUGGUGCGCGCCGAAUGGACGAUCUAAUGCUGGCGAUAAGUACCUCUUGUGUGGAGGGAAUGUGA